GAAGAAACUCUGUUGAGUGAACAUCGACUUUCGAGUGUAGUGGAAAUCUUAAUUUUAUGGACACAGAUCUCCAUUCAGGUGAAGGCCCUGAAUCAACCCAAUACAUGGACCAUGAAAACCAAACAAUGAGAACAAGAGAAGAACUAGAAAGUGAUAACGAAGAAAACCCGAUCUCAAAACAACCGAAAAACAAAGAAGCCCGAUGGAAAGCACCGGAAGAACCCGAACCAACAACAAGUAACAACCAAGCAAUUAUGGAGCAGGAAAGCAGUUUGCAGUAGGUGAGAAGGUCCAGUGCCAGAAAUGCAGCACUCCAUGGAUUGCUGGUUAUUUCACAACUCGUCUGCACAGUUCCCCCCGACAGGCAAAGAAAGUGAGAACCUUGAUUAAGAAGAGCAAAAAGAGAACCAAAAUAAAUAAACAUGAGACUAGAUUACUUGCUGCUCAUUUUAGCAGAAAGAAUAUCUUGGAGAUGAAGUGCCUGGUUUGUAAGGAUAAACAUAUUGAAAUGCAUAAAAUACCUUACAAGCGAGUUAUGGUAAGUGAAACAAGAGUUGAAGAGAUAGAAACAACAGUGAAUGCAGGUUUGCAUCUCCCAGUCAUAAAGGACAAAGAAUCAAAAUGCUUUGAUGACAAGGCAUCAGAGAAUCAGGUUGGAAAAAGUGAAAGCUCUGAAGCAAUGGAAAUAGGGAAUGGAGACAAUACAAAAAAUCAAAGCUGUAAAACCACAGAAACAGUGAGUUUGGUGACCGUAGAUAUGCCAGAUGAAACAAAUGAUUUAGAAAAUGAGACUGAGAGACAGUCAGAAGUACCAGAGGACAGUUUGUCGAAAAGAAUUUCAAAUAGCCUUGCUAGCCUUAAAACAAAAUCCAAUGAAUCAAAUACCAAUAAAGUUUAUGUGGGAAAACAUAACACGAAAGGAAGGAAAGCAAAUAAAUUGAACACUAAAUCCGUACCAGUGAAUGAACCACCAAAAACUGUUUUUACUCGUAUGAAGAACCAGCGCCCCAAAAAUCUUCCAAUGAAAACAGUGACUCCACGACAAAACCCUGUGGUGCAAAGCAAGAAAGAAGUCCAAGCCAAAAUAGCUGGGCUAAAGAGUGCAGUGGUGAAAGACCAAAUGAAAAAGGGCAACAGCCUUGGUAAUUUCUUGAAAAGUUUGUUUUAGAUUUUCACUCUUUUUUCCCCCUUCAUUUUUCUCCAUUUCUUUUUCCAGAAUUUAAUAUUAAAAGGACAUUCUAGUGUGUUUGGAGCAGACGCAUAUCAGAUAGUGUGUUUAUUAAAAAUUGUCAUGUAAAUCAUAUUUCUAAUACAAUAAAGCAUUUGUUUAUUGAAUUA